AUGCAACGGAUAUUGGAAUAUCAUUUGCUGUUAGAUGGACUAACGACUGAUGAACAUCAUGAAGAGUAUGUAGAACUGAAAAGGGCCCACGAAGCAAUAUUAGACAUUGCUGGCUACAUCAAUCAGGCGCAUAGGCAUGUGGAACAUUUGAAUGUAAUAAAUAAUCUUCAGGAUAAUAUUGUGGAUUGGGAACACGAGCCAGUAAUAAAAUUAUCAAACUAUGGCAAUCUUAUAAAAGACGCGGAACUGAAAAUAAAGGCCCACGACGAUCAGAAGACCAGAAACAGAUACGGUGUUCUUUUUUGA